AAAAACAUGGAUAUCACAGCGAUAGAAAAGCAGUGUGCACUUAGUAAUCCUGUUGAAAAUUCUGCAUUGUCUUCAAAGCUAGGGUCGAUGUCUUCCAUAAUAUCUAAUUCAGCCCUGAAAACAGAAGGCCACGAGCAUAAUGAAGACAGCAGAAGUGAAGAAAAUGAGGAAUAUCACUUUUUGUUGGAAGAAGAAUCGUCAUGUUCUUAUGACUAUUUUUCGAAGGCCGAAAAUAAGGUACAGUGCUUAGUGAUACCAAGAUAUUGGUUAUUUCAAAAUGAACAAAAUCCAGAGCGUCUGAAGCGAAACUACAAGAUAUUCCAAUAAUGGGGCGUAUUUUGUCGUACGACCAGUAGAACUAAAUUACGUUUACGUACUAUUUAUACAAAUCGUUCUACUUAGGAUCAUCGAUACCUACACCAUGAACAAAUUUAAAUAACAUAUAAAAUUGUGAACAGUUCUGAGUCCAAAUAAAUUUAU